CAUUUUCCCUAAUGGUUCUUUCCACGCAUAAACGGAGCCUUGGCAAACCCUCUGGUGGAGUGGAGACGAGGGUGAUCCCACCUCCUUUGUCAUCGGGCUAUUUCAUCCCGGAGAGAAGUCCCCAGCAGUUCCAUCGACGCCCGUCGGCGAGCAAGGAGAAUAGCGGGAGGGAGCGGAGGAAGCGGUGCAAAGACCGCGCGGGCCAGGCAGGGCGCAAACAUCCGCGCCGCGCAGUGGGCGCGCGCCUUUCCGCGCUUCUUUCGGCAGGUGGAAAAAUGCGCAACUCGACCGCAGCCGGGAGUUCGAAAAGCUGAAAGAAACCUUCCGAAACUAGCGGCGCUCGUUCCGGCCGGAAAGCGAAACUAGUUCGGCUCAUACGGAAGUUCUCGGCGGUUUAAAAAAAAAAAAAAAAGGGCAAGCCUGGUUCGGCUCCAAGAGCGGCUCCGCAAGCUUUCCUCUCCCCUCCGCUUCAACUAAGCCCCAAAGUGGUCUAAAGGCGAGGCUGUAGGACGGCUCCCCGCCCAGCCUUUUUAUUUAAUGUUAAUUAUUACGGAAAGCUCGUUCUGCUGGCCGUUCGCAGCCCUCAGCACAAGACGCCGCCGCGGCCAGGAUUUUGCACCGGGACGGUAGCGCCAUGGACGUGACUCCGGCUCCAUCAUGAGCAAGCGGCGUCCGGCUCGCGGACCAUGUCCCAUGUUGUUCAUGAAAAUGUGGAAGAAUACCGGACAGAGGAUCUGAAUCCUCUGGUAUCCUGCCUGAUACCUCACUCUGCUUCUUUAAGGUAUAUCUUCAUGAUUCUGCCAUUGUUCUUAGUUCUGGUACCAGAAGCCUCAUCUGAUAUGACUGAAAUCCGAAAUGAUUAUGAGAAUAUUCUAGUCAACAUGAUUAAUCAUCUGGAGACACUAAUUAAUCAGAACAUCACAUCCAGCUGUAACGGGAGAUGUUACCCCUCUUCAUUUGAGAAUGCCAGCAUAACUUGCCUGACAUUGUGUCUGAAGAUAAAGACAAAUUGUACUAAAAUUUUUCCUGAUGUAAAGAACAGCAUGACCUCUGUUACAGAGUCGACAACAAAAAUAUUAAAUAAGAAUGGUUAUACCUUACAACCACUCAACCACCGCUGCAAUUAUCGUCAAUGCAGGAAAUACAUCAGAAAAUUUGACUGUAUCUAUACUUUGUGUUGCCUAAAGAAUGUUGUUUCAGCCUUGCGUGUCUGGUGGCAGAAGUUUCUUUAUCAUAGUUAUUCCUAAAAGGAAUAAAGCGAUAAGUAUAACUUUUAUAAGAGUUAAGAGAAGCUUUUAUAAUCUAGAUAUACAUCAGACUUUUUCUACAGAAAAUUAUGCAAAUAUCCUCCGCUAAUUCCUUGACAAGACUGUUGAAUUUGUUCCAUGAGUCCCACAACAGAAAAAAAUGGAAGAAGAGAAGCAGGCUGCCAACAUAUCAAAGUUCUUAAGUGCUAAUGAAAGAAGAAGAAGAAGAAGAAGAAAAAAAGUCAAUAGAUGAAAUGUUCCAUAUUUAUUCGUUUCUGUUUUACAACAUAUACAUGUGCUGUAUAUAUUUUGCAUCCUAAGAAAUUUUCAUCAACAUAAGGAUUCCUGAACAUAUUGUCUUCAUACGGUAGUUAAUAGAUUUGGAAAGAAAAUGAAGAGUGAUAAUUGAGAGCAAGGUAGCAGUUUGGGGAAUGGUUAUGACAAAGGUACAAAUAGAUAGCUUUUAAGAAUUAGGACUAUGUAUUGAAAAAAAUACAAUUUCUUUAUUGUAUGCAAAUCAUAAAGGUUUUUGUUGUGGUACUUCGCAAAAAUGAAUAGAUAUUAAGUUUUUUUAAAAAAUAAACCAUCAGCCCUCUAUAAAUGUUUAUUUAAUACAAUACCAUUAUGGUUGUCUCUAACUUGAAAUUUUAUGCAACUGAUUUUAUAGUAUUAAGUUGGCUAUAAUUAUGUACUCUACAUAUUGCAGUAAGUAAUUAACAAUGCUUAAUCGCAGCUGUGCCAAUUUUUUUUAACCUAUGGGAGAAUAUUAGAGGAUGAGGGGAAAGUAUUUGCUUGAUGCCCCUUACUGACAUUUAACAAUAUAAGUAUUAGGGAUGUUCAAAUGUUUCAAAGUUCAGAAAACUGUAACUUGAAACAUCCCGUUUCAUAUUCAGGCAUGCUGGUCUAAACUUAUUGGACAUGCGCUGACCCUGAAACAUUCUGACAAGUGUUUCAUGCCUCUUGAAAUAGGACUAUAUAUCCUGCACGCAGCACUUUUAAGAGUCACAAUGUUGAAAUACUUCAGAUUCAAAAUAUUAUAUCUGCUCUUUAAAAAACCAUCUUAAGAUCUCAUGUUCAGAGAUUAAAUUAAUAAAUACAUUCAGAUUGCAUAGUCCUAGCCAAUUUCAAUAGAAGGCACAGAUACUGGACAUGUGUGUACAGAUAUAGGAGGUUCAAAAAUCAAAGCAGGGCUCUUCCAAAGGAACUCCAAACUAAAAUAACAAUUCUAAACCUUGUUAAAUUAUUCAAAAUGGAAUAAAUAGUGUCUUUAUUUAAUGCCACCUGAUUUAAUCUUAGAAUGUGUGAACGCAAGCAGUGUGUUUUCAAAAAUAGACUAAUAUGUGAAAGCUCCUUCAGGUUAUCUAUUCGUGCCUUUAUAGAUAUGUUCAUGAUUUUUUUGCAAAAAAUAUGAAAGUAGAUUCUCCCAGGUUCAGAGGUGGGUUUCUGCAGGUUCUGCUUAGUUCUGGAGAACUGGUAGCGGAAAUUUUGAGUAGUUUGGAGAACCGGUAGUAAAAAUUUUACGGUAUCCUUCCCCUGGAGUGGGCUGGGAAUGGAGAUUUUACAGUAUCCUUCCCCUGCCAUGCCCAACAAGCCAUGCCACGCCCACCAAGUCACACCCACAGAACAGUAGUAAAAAUUUUUGAAACCCACUACUGCAGACAGGUUGUUGACAACAGGUUGUUGUCUUAUGAAGAUUCUCAAUCAUCCAGGUCAUGGUUGCCCCAAUGGUGUUUUUUCCAAAAGGCAACUGGACUUUCUUGGUUCUUUUUUCGUUGAAAAAAUUCUGAAGAACUAAUCUGAAGAAGCUUUUUGGAUGAGAAACAAAAUGUUUUCAAAGAAAAAAAAAACAAGAAAAUCCAGUUGCCUUUUGGAAAAAGCAUCUUUAGGACUUCUAGGAUGUUGUUUUGACUUCCCAGCCAGCCUUAUGAGUUCCUGGCAGUCUUGCUUAAUAGUAUUAAUUUGUUGGCUCUGCUUAGCUUUUUUGACUUGCUAAGAUUAAAAAGAAGAUGCAUAGCUCUAUAGAAAGUGAACUCUUGGAGGAAUAAGAGAAUUGGAGUUAUAACUCACAGUUCUAGCUUCUAAUUACAAUGAAUGGAAAGUCUUAAAUGAAAUCGGUCACAAUAUUUGAGAGGGAGCAGUGAAAUUUGAGACAAUACAUUGGCAGAAUUCUCUCUCAGACUGACAACAGCCCUACAGAACACAAAAGUAACCCAUUUUUCUCAAGUUUCUUACUUUCUACUUACUUUAUUUCCACAAAAUUUACAUGUGGAAAAUGUACAUUUUUUUCCUCUUACCUCCACAUUCUGUGUAUGGUAAGUCUUGAACCUAGCAUUUGGCUGUUGAACCUUUUGGGGGAAAAAACCUCAUACCUGAUAUGUACAACCUAGAAAGAAGAAACAUGUUCUCAAGUGUGGCAGGCCACUUUGUUUCUGUUCUAAAGUAUACACACUCCUCAUUUAUCCUCCUUCGCUCAUUUAGUAUGCUCAUUUAUCAAUGCAUAGCUAAUUUGAUUCAAGUAUCAUCUUGCAAACACCAUUAUCCUUGGACACUGUAUUGGUUCAACUCAAAACAUUUAAUGAAAAAAAAAUAGGUAAUUUGUACCAAUUCUCAUAUUCAGUUCCAAAGAAAAGUACUUUAUGUUCAGUUCCAAAGAAAAAUACACAGUUUUCUAUUUUUACCAACUCUCCUUGACAUAUCUAUAUAAACUUCAGAGGAAAGUAAAUAUUUACUAUUAAAUAUUUUUCCCCAAGGAGCCAUGGCUAUGGCUAGACUGACACUCCAAUAAACAAGAACAUAUCUCUAACUAGUAUAUUUUUAUUUUCCUCCACUACCCGUCAGAUACAGCUUUAAGUGAGUGUGUAAUAAAGCUACUCAGCUGCCCAGUCACCAGGAGAUGGGCAGCAUAUACAUUUUAUUAAUUAAUAUCUAAUAUUAGUAACUCCAAAGAUCAUGUUUUCUGAAACAAAAUUAAAUCAAGUAGAAUAAAUUAGUCCUACAACUUGAUAAAAUAGAAAAAUGUGGGUUAGAUAGCAUCAUCACCAGAUGGAUUUAUAACUGGCUGACCAACUGCACUCAAUGGGUAGUCCUCAAUGGAACUGCAUCUACAUGGAGGGAAGUAUGCAGUGGAGUACCCCAAGGCUCUGUUUUUUAGGCCCAGUACUCUUCAACAAUGAUUUGGACGAGGGGAUAGAUGGGGAACUCAUCAAAUUUGCAGAUGACACCAAGCUAGCAGGAGUAGCCAACACUCCGGAAGAUAAGCUUAAGAUACAGAAGGAUCUUGACAGACUUGAACAUUGGGCACUAUCUAACAAAAUGAAAUUCAAUGGUGAAAAAAGUAAGAUUCUACAUUUAGGCAAGAAAAACAAAAUGCACAGGUACAGUAUAUGUGGUACCUUGCUCAAUAGUGGUGGCUGUGAGAGGGAUCUUUGAGUCCUAGUGGAUAAUCACUUAAAUAUGAGUCAGCAGUGUGUUGCAGCUGCCAAAAAAGCUAACACAGUUCUAGCUGCAUAAACGGAUAGAAUGACAUGUUAUUUCAAAGCAUUAAUUAUUUAUGAUAAUUUCUUACCUGGCAAAGUUCAAAUAUGUUUAAUUUCCUUAACAUUGGAAAUAAUUGAGAUUUGCAAGAUUGAUGUUAGCAGAUCAAACAUGGAAACUGAAGACAUGCAAGAUAACACUAAAAGAGCGUUGAUAGUACAGGGGUUUAAGGCACCCUGUUAUUAAGCUGGUUAUUAAGACCAGCUGCCUGCAAUUACUGCAGGGUUCGAAUCUCGCCAAGGCUCAAG